ACGGAGCAUCCCUCCGAACGUCUCAUACCUUAUACAUAGAGGUACACAAACGUUACCUAACCAGUUAAAUUAUAUUCAUUGUGCACGCCGCACGUGAGAACUCGAGACCAGUGUGCGGUAAAAGAUCGCGGAACGAUGUUUGUACCGUGGGUCUUAGCAACCUUCAUCGCCGCUGCGGCCGCGCGGUCCGCGUCCUCUAUAGACUUCGCUCCCGUCAACGAAUUCACCUUCCAACUCCUAGACAACACUUACGCUUUCCAAGAAAAUUUCGGCACCAAAAACAUUGCAUUAUCACCCUUAUCAGUAUGGAGUUUAUUCGCGUUACUAGCCGAAGGAUCGUCCGGUGAAACGUUUUCCGAACUAGUGAGUGCGUUGAGAUUACCAACGGAUUUAAGUAAAACUCAGUGCUUGCAUUCAGCUGCGACCGAUGUGUUGAAGUCCCAGUACCAGGAUAUCAUAGUGAAAGGACAGUCGGCUAUGUUUACUGAGUGUUCCACUAAAGUGCAUGAUGAGUUCUGUCAGUCUGCGUUGCGGUACGAGACAUCGAUUUACUCAGCUGAAACGAAGAACAGUACUGAACUAGCUCAUGACAUCAAUGUGUUCAUCUGCUACGCUACUGAUGGGAGAAUCCUCAACGCUGUGAAGCCUCAAGACCUUGACAACUUGCGUAUGGUUCUGAUCGAUGCUUUGUACUUCAAAGCAAAUUGGACGCAUCCUUUCGACCCUACGCAAACCAAAGUCGAAUCCUUCUACAACACACAAGGCAAGACAAUUGGAUCUGUGAACAUGAUGUACCACAAAGCUCCUCACAACGUUGGAGACGCAGACGAAAUCAGUGCUCAAGUACUAGAAAUGACAUACGGAAAGAACGAGGAAUUUUCAAUGCUAAUCAUAUUGCCAUACGAUGGAAUUUCUGUUAAAACUGUGCUCCACAAUUUAGCAACGAAAUCUCAGAAUUGGAUGACGGAUUUCAAGUCAGAAGGCGGUUUACCAUCUAUUGAUACUUACAUUCCAAGAUUCAGGAUAUCUUCAAGACAGGAUUUGAUUCCUCCACUUAUGUAUUCGGGGAUCACUUCAAUCUUCGACAGAACGAAGGCUAAACUCCCUGGGAUUGCAGACAAUCCUCUUUAUGUCACAUCUUCUAUACAGAAUGUAGAAGUGGAAGUUAAUGAAGAAGGGACGGUAGCUGCUGCAGCGACGGUAGUCGGUCUAGAAGAUCGGAUCCUUGGGCAGAGGUUCGAAGCUAAUAAGGAGUUUAUAUUCCUAAUCAAGCAGAGAAGUUGUAAUGUUAUCCUAUUCGCUGGUGUGUAUGGCGAGCCAGUUGUAGUAUGAUUGAAAGAAAAGUGAUUUAAAAAAGUGAUAAGUUGAUCCUAUAGUUGAAACUAACGGUCGUUUAAGUAAAGAAUAGGAAGACUAUACGACCGAAAUGUGUUUUGAAAAGUCAGGUUUUUAUCACUGUCGUUAUUUAAAGAAGAUAUAAUAAUAUGCAGACAGCGAUAUUUGUUUGCUGUCAAUAAUGCAUUAAGGAUAAUAAAUUACUUGCAGAUAAAAUUUUACAAGUGAAUAACGGCAUCUACAUUGAGAUUAAUGAAUAUUUAUAUAUUGUAGGACAAAUUUGACACUUUUUAUGUGUAAAGUAAUAUUUUUUUAUCUCGACCGACAUGUUUACGUCGUACCAAAACUAAGGCCCGUUUUGACCAACCUGUCUUAAAUUUUAGGGAACUCCUUUAAAGAAGUUUUAGUUUUUGCCAACUUAUAAGUGACACUUGACAGUACAAGUAAGGGGUAAGAACUGGAGCUGCAGACUGCCUUGUAGGUUACCGGGGCUCCGGCUCGAAAAGCAGGAGUAGGAACGGGGUGGUUUUUAGUCAGUAAGAGUCUGACACUUUCUCUCGCCUCACCUAAGGCUGGCGAAGUCAUUGGAUGAUUUUAAAGAAAUGAGGUUAGUUUAAGUGCUACGUCAAAUUAUUAACUUUUAGUUAUGAUUUGGUUCCGAGGCGGUUGGUUAAAGCGGCCAUAAUAAUAAUAUUGUUAACAUCAUAUUUACGUCAUGCCACGCUUAGUUGAUUCGUAAAGGUACAUGUAAGUAGGUACGUGUAUGGACACAUUUUAAAAUGAAGUGAUAAAUUAAUAAAAGAGUUACCAAAUUAUGUAGCGAAUAUAUUAAAACAAAAAUGUAUGUUAUUGUACCAUCAAAAAUUAUAUACAGUCAACUGUUGUUAAUUCGAAAUUCAAGGGUCUCUUAAAUAUUGCCAAUUAUUGAAUGCUCGGAAAAUUAAAUGGUCUGAAAUUUGAACUAGGCUCAAAAUGUAGGCAUUUUUUAUACCGAUAAGUUCGAAUUAAACGAGUCAUUUAUUAAAAUUAUCGAGUGUAUAAAAAAAAUAUAUUGAUUUAGUUUGAAAUAUAAAUAGAUAUUUAAAGGACCGCGUGAUAACUUUAAAUUGUAGAGAGGUUUGAAUUAAUGACAGAAUUACGUACUUUUGUACUAAAGCACAGUUACCGAUAUUAAAAAUUAUAUGUAUUUCUUAUGUGUACUGCCUCCAAAAUGUACUGUUACUUCAUCUAAAAAAAUAUUGCGAAGCAAAACGCAUCGUGUUCCAAAAUUGGUUAAUGUCAAGGUCAUUGUAUUAUUAAACUAUAAUUUAUUUAUUAAUAAUUCCGACGCUACCGUUAUUUGUAAAUAUUGUGAAUAAUUAAUUUGAUAAAUAUGAAAAUGACAUGAAUUAUAUUAGUAAUUAAUUUACUGCAUAAAUAAAACUAUGUUUUAACUUGUGAUAUACGAUAAUAGGGAUGAUGACGAUGACGGGGUAUGAAAAUUAAAAAUCUAUUUAGUCCGUCAAUAAGGUCUUGAAAAAAUAUUAGAUACGUUUUUUUUUUACUUUGAUAAAAAGAAUCAAAGUUUAGGAGUGGGAGCAAAUACGUCAUUUCUACGUAUGAAAUGUCCCAAGAAGUGACGUCAUACAAUAUUUCAAAUCGAUAUAUCUUCGAAAGAAUUUGUUUCUAAUAUUUUAAAAUCAUCUACCAAACAGACAUUGAAAUAAAAAAUAUACAUAUAUGUAAAGAUUAUGUGAAUCGCAAAAGUUUAAAACUUAUUGCGAUAAUUUUACGCAAACUAUGUUGUAAAGAUUUUAAAAAUCUAACCAUGACUUGAAAACACCAUAACUUAAUUGCCAUGUAACGAUAGGCAUAAUUACUGUGAAUAAUUAUUUUUUAUAAUUUAAUUAUAAGUGUGUAGUGUGUACCUAUCAUUAAGUUAUUAAAUGUUUUUUUUUAUUUA